ACUAAAGGAGUCCGGACCGAGUCUGUUCGGGUCUGAGGAGAUCCGGAGACGCGCGGACAACAAAGUGGAAUCUGUGGAUGUUCGUGUGUAGCUAGCUGCUAGCUGCUAGCUGCUAGCUGCUAGCCGUUAACACGGCCCAGCUCCCGAGUCGACGGACGCACCGGCAGGUCCAGAACCGGACUGAGGGAGAAAGCCACUAGAUGGGGCUGCAACACUCCACACUUCAUCAUCCACAGUGCUGUAAUGAAUGCUGCUAUGAGCUAAUGAAGCUGUCCUUCCUCAAACCAACAGUAACAGACUGGAGGCCAGGAGGGAAUUCAGAGGAACAAUUUAAAAGCAUCUGAACGACUAGUUGGGAUUAAACGUGGCUGCUCCAGAGAAGAUCCCAGCUGAUCGAUGAAUGUGAUCGGUGUGUGUUGAACGUUGGGAUGAAUUUCGCUGGACGACCGCUCGAACGCCUCAGAACUUCAGAUCGUAUAUUUUAAGAGCAUGUUGAGUUUUUAGAGGUCUCGUCCCGCUGAGCUGCUGUUUGAUGGAAACCUCUGAACUCGCCACUAAACCACUAAUUGAUCUGAUCUGAAGGUUUCAGGAUUACACACACACACACACACACACACACUUUAACUAAGCAUGUGCAGAAAGCAGCAUCUCCAUAACAUGUGUAAUAUGAAGUCAUAUUAAUGUGGACCAGGUUUUUCCUUCAUCUGGCCCCGGAGGCCCCCCGUCUGGACCCCUGCCAGACCCCCACCCCUCCGCUGUUCCCACAUCAGACCACCUUACAAACUGGGGUUUGCAGGGGGGGUUGGAAUGUAUUUUGCCCUGUGUGAUGUGAUUGUUUGCAGAGAAAUGGGUUGACCUUGCCCUCUGAUGCCACACACACACGCACACACUGGCUCUGGCCGGGCUGGAGGUGUGUGAGACAGGCCUGCUGAGUGCAGGAGGUCUGGGACCCCGUCACCACUUCCUCCAGACGGAGAACAGAGGAUCCAGUCAGCUGAAGCCAGAAUGGGACGAUAAUGAGCCGUCCAGCCGCCACCGCCACCUCGUUCCAGUGGGACAUGGCGAACGGAGGGGACCAGUUCGGCCUCGCAGACCGUCCGGACUCGGACUGCAUGGAUUCCCCAAAAGACAACAAGCAGGCGGAGCGCAGCUACACCAUAAACUCUCCACCGUCACCGCAGAAAGCUUCCAGCCAGCAGCAGCAGCAGCAGCAGCAGCAGCAGCAGCAGCAGGCAGCGGCCUGCACCGCCGACCAGAAUGGGAUGGACGGCAUCAAAGUUUUCCUCCACGACAGGGAACUUUGGACGAAGUUUGACGAAGUGGGAACAGAAAUGAUCAUCACGAAGGCUGGAAGGAGGAUGUUCCCCAGCUACAAGGUGAAGGUCACAGGACUCAACCCAAAAACCAAGUACAUCCUCCUGAUGGACAUCGUGCCGGCGGACGACCAUCGAUACAAAUUCGCAGACAACAAAUGGUCGGUGACGGGGAAGGCAGAGCCCGCGAUGCCCGGGAGGCUUUACGUCCACCCGGACUCCCCCGCCACCGGAGCGCACUGGAGCCGCCAGCUCGUCUCCUUCCAGAAGCUCAAACUGACCAACAACCACCUGGAUCCGUUUGGACACAUAAUACUCAACUCCAUGCACAAAUACCAGCCUCGUCUCCACAUCGUCAAGGCGGACGAGAAUAACGGCUUCGGCUCGAAAAACACGGCUUUCUGCACCCACGUCUUCUCCGAGACGGCCUUCAUCGCUGUGACGUCCUACCAGAACCACAAGAUUACACAGCUGAAGAUAGAAAAUAAUCCUUUCGCAAAGGGCUUCAGAGGCAGCGACGACAACGAGCUGCACCGCAUGGCCAAGCUGCAAAGUAAGGACUUCCCUGUGGUUCCUCGCAGCACCGUCCGUCAGAGGGCCUGCUCCACCGGGAGCCCCUUCAGCGGGGAGGGCCGGGGUCUGCGGGGCUCCCCCGAUGCCGUCGGAUCCCCCUACAGCUGCGACAACGGCCUGAACAGCAGCAGCCCCCAGGAGCUGCUGAGCGCCGCCUCCGCCCACUACAUCCUGCCUCAUCCUCAUCCUCAUCCUCAUCCUCACCUGCAGCACAGCCAGCAGCCGCAGGUGUACCACUGCUCCAAGAGGAAAGUGGAGGAGAACUGCCCGUCAGGAAACCGCCAGCACCCGUACAAGAAACCCUUCGCCGGUGGCUCACCGAGCGAGGGCGAGUCUUACUAUCACCCCUCCUCCUACCCUCCUCCUCCACCCGGCCUCUCCAACAACCCUGCCCUGGGUCUCACCGACUCCCCCUACAGCUCAGACAUGGGACAGCGUCAGGCGUGCAUGUUUGCCGGCUCAGAGCCCAGACUGGAUGAACUCAACUGUACAUCCUGGUCAUACACCUGCCCGCUUCCCUCCGCCAUGACCCCCAUGGAACCCUACCCACCUUACACCCCUCAUCCCCCCUACAGCUCCAGCCCUCAGGGCUCUCGACUCAGCGCCAUAGCCCACCAGAGCUCUCCUCCUCUGGGAGAACACAUCGGCCACGACCCCUACCACAGCCAGAGCUCCGGACCUCCGUCCCAGAGCUCCCAAAACAUUCACAGCAGGCAGCUCAGCCCUCCUCUCAGAGAGUAUCCUCGCUACACGCCCAACCUGUCUCCUCCUCUCUACCACACGCUAGAGACACACACACACAUCAGGUGUGGCGUCCCAGAGUGGAGCGCCGCCUCCUAACUGAACCAGAGGACAUAAACCUGACAGACUGAUUUAGCGGACAGAGAUUCCUCGUCUCGAUUUCAGUGACCCUUCUUUUCUGCUCUUCUGACAGAUGCUGCGGACUAAAUGUGAUGUUACCUUUGUAAAAAAAAAAAAAAGAAAGAAAAGAAGAAGAAAAACAUAACAAUUGUGAAAAGUGUGAUUUUGUGCUGUGUGAAGAGGUGUCAUCUGUCAGUCAUGUUCUAUCUCCCCCCUGUUGUUGAAUGGAGCCGUGGAUCGUUGAAAGGACGGGACUUGGACAAUCCACGAUGCUUCAGGAAAGAAAAAAAAAACAAACAAACAAUCCAAGCAGCACAAUCAAAGUUGUACCUUAUCGUCUUUUUCCCACCACCCAAAGACUGGUGUCAUCCAAAUGUUUGCACUGUGAGCCCCGUGAAGGCCAGACCGUGAACAGCACUCGCCUGCUUCUCCUCCUCUCAAUGACUCCCACUCUCUCUCCGUUGUGAAGGAUGUAAAUUGUGACCCACUGUCAGACAGGCAGUAACAUUUACUGACCAAAAUAAUCUCACCUCCCACAGCAGAGCCUGAGGGAGCCUGUUUUUUUUUUAUUAUUAUUAUUAUUUUUUUCUUUUUUUUUUAUCCGUAGUGGAGCAAAGCACAGCUCCAUGCUCAGUCUCAGUGAAGGAUAAAAGGCAUGAGUCGUCUGUGUGUGCGUGUUCGUAUGUAAAGCCUAUGUCAGCUCAGCUCAAGGAUGCUAUGAGUUAAUUUCCGAUGAGACAGGCGGUGGUAGCUGCAGGCGCUGCACCAUAGAGAUAAACAGUUUGUUUAGACCACGCUACAGGCUGGAGGACCUGUAAACACUGUUUCCACUGCAUUCUGGGUAAAUGCACUACUCAGCGUCAUGCAGCUGUCACCGCUGUCCUCUUAGUCACCCCCAGCUGACCAAUCAGCUUCGCCCGUUCACUGAGAGCCAGCCUGUGAGCGCUCGCCUCUCUUUUUAUCCUGAGCUGACCAGUCAGAGCGGGAGUGCAACGUUCCAGUUGUGUGUAUGUGUCGUGUGUGUGUGUGUGUGUGUGUGUUCGUUGUCCCAUUUUUGUUUGUUUCUGAAUUAUUCAUGAGUCCACUGUUGAUCUUUGACAUGCGAGGAUUGCUCAGCCAACACAACGAAUCACAACAGUGCUGUAAAACUUGGUAAAAUAUUCCUUUAAAGUCUCUUCUUUUUUUUUUUUAAAUCUAAAUCUUCCGACCACACAGCGUUUCUACAUGAACCGCUACGAGAAGAUUGGGCUGAAUACAUUCGCUUUCCAUGCAGAUGUUUUGCAGCACCACCUUCCUCCUUUUCAGCCGACUGUAAAGAAACCUGUCGUGCAAAACAGAAGCCGAGACUUUCCGUUUAUUUUUGUGCAAAAUGAAGACGUUUUUAUAUUUCAGUAAAAUGUGAGAAGGUGCUUUAACAUAACAAACCAUCAGCCUGCAAAGAGCAAAUCCUCGUCGUCAUUCCUCGAUAUGUAUUCGAUUUGUGUGUGAGUGUGUGUGUGAGUGUGUGUGUUACAAUGAGAUUUUUUUUAAUAGCUUUGUUCCUGCUCAUAGUAUUUAUUACUCUAGAUUUGUAAAGAUUAGUAUGUUGUUGACUUGUGAAACAAGACGGUAUUGUUCAGAGACCUUUUGUUUCUCUUUGAAGGUUUAUUUCUGGUUUCACCCUCCAUCUCUAAGUGGUGAUGCAUAGUUGUGAUAUAAAAAAAACCAAACAAAACAAAACAAUAUUUUCUGUUCUAUGGAAAUAAAGACAGAUUUAUAUACAGAAUAAAUUUUAGAGAAUUUUUGCGUAA